AUGUAUGAGGGCAGCGGCGAGUUGGGACUCGUCUUUGGAGAGACAAGGUGGAGGAGAGGACUCAGCAUAACUUUAUUUUUUUUAUCCCUCUCAAAAGGGGAUUCACAGACGUAUCGGCCGGGGGUUUCAAGUCAUUGUGAGUCUCAGUGGGUUAGUUGACUCCUGGUCUCUUGGUUAUCGGACAGCCUGCCGUCCAUCCAAUGUGCGUAAAAGGGGUCUAUUUCCUCACCGUCCUGUCUGGACUCGCAGCUUCAGGCGUGCUGCAGGUUAGCGGGAUGCGUAUAUACACAUCUGGGAAUGUGGAGGCAGUCAACGGGACGGAUGUUCGCCUGAAGUGCACAUUCCAGAGUUCCUCUCCCAUCAACCCCAACGCCAUCGUCAUCUCAUGGAGCUUCAGACCCCUCAAUCUAGACCAAGAAGAGUCGGUGUUCCACUAUCAGCAGAAACCAUACCCUCCCUUAGAGGGCCCUUUCAGGAAACGUGUCGUUUGGGCCGGUGAUGUCAUGGGUCGCGACGCCUCCAUCAUACUUCAACAGGUCAAGUUCACCUACAACGGCACUUACAUCUGCCAGGUCAAGAAUCCACCGGAUGUCCACGGCACAGUUGGAAAAAUUCGACUCCAUGUCGUCACCACAGCCUCUUUAUCCCAACUUCUCCUUCUGGCGUUGGCCAUCGGGGGCGGUAUUGCUGCUGUGGUCAUUCUCCUCAUCAUCAUUGUGUACUGCAGGCGGUGCAAGAAGAGGAGACAGGGAGAGCGGGAAGGGAAUGAGGAGGCUCCCCGCAAAGAGAGAAAAGACCCCACUGUGUGGUAAGACCAAGAGAAAGACAGAACAGGGGGAUAGAGAGAGGAACAGAAGAAUCACACACUUCCUCUCUCACUCUCCUUUUAACUCUGGGGUUCGGGGCAUGUGGCGCUCCUUCUUGGGCCCAGCUCUUUUUCUACUGGAUGUUUUUUACUUCCUCCUUCCUCUCCACCGCAGUCUUUGAAUCCCAAACCUUGACUAGUUGAUGAACAGCUGUCAUUAACCAGAGAUAAAUUGGGAAUGUUUCUUUGUAUAGGAAGCUGUAGAUACAGAACUUUAGCCAGACUACUGUGUAGCUUUCAUGAUAUCACCGUGUGCCUUUCAUUUCUGGAGAGAAACAACAGUUUUAUCAGUUCAUCUUUUCCUGUUCACCUAAUCUGGCUUCCAAGCACAUUUCCUGUUUAAAGUAAAUGUUUUGAUGAUGUAGAGGUUUAACAAUGGUGUAUUCCUGCUGUUUACUUGUCUACUAAUAUAUUUCAAACCCAAACGUACCACAGCAGUACAAGCCACAUGUUUGAUAUAUUGCUUCAACAAACAAUAGAAACUGUGGAACAAUGAAUGAGCACCUCCCUAACUUCCAUUGAAAAUUUGUCACCACAUGAUGGGAACAUUAUGAAACCCCACACAUGUCAAGGGUCUGUAUCUAUCAACCCUCAUUUCAAGGGUCAUAUAUAUCAGCUGUAUGAUCCACUUUACUGUGGUUCUUCUGAAUCCACAGGAGGAUGCUGGUGUGCCUUUCUUUUUUUUUUGUUUCACUACUGAAGUUAUAUUGCUGUAUUUCUGAGAUUAUGUGCUGUUAUUAACCUGAUGUUGAGACAGAAAUAAUCAAGAUGCUCUCAAAUAAUCAAAACCUGAUGGAGAGCACUUGGUAGAAACAGACAUUUCAUACAGUACUUACAUGCAAUAUCAAUUCUAAAUUUCAUUGACAAAGUGGCAAAUCUUUUUACCAACCCAUAGCCAAUGGCCAAUGUUUGUUUUGAACAAUACACUGUUUUGUCAAAAGUAUCUUUUUUUCUGUUUCUCUCUUGGGUUUUCAGAUCUCUCUGUAAAAUGUGCCAUAACUAGUUGCCAUCACCACAGUGUUACAAUACUGUAACUCACUGUAUUCACCAGACGUUAAAAGCCAAGCUUCUCAAGGAAAAGUUGACUGUUUUGCUUUCAUCUUGGUUGAUCAGAUUUAUUCAGACUUCAAACCAGAGCUGUUAUUGAAAAGGUUGGCGAAGGAAGCAUAUAUUUUUACCCCAAUCAUAUUCAGAUGGGUAAACAGAGAUUUCGAUCCAAUCUUCGCUCUCAACUUAACGACUUAAACCUGUGUGACACUAACCCUUUGUCCCGGCUGCUGUGUUUGUGUUGUCUAUUCGUCUUUGUCAUGUCCCCAUUGUGUGUGACUUAUGCACAUGCAUGCACAUAAAUAAUUCAUGAAUGUGUCAUGCAUGAAUUCAAAUCCCGCUCCUGUGUGUGUGUGUGCUAUCUUGCUCCCCCUGGUGCAUGUCUCCCUCUCCUCUCUGUGUGCUUGUGUGUCCCAGCCACCCAUUAAGGGCCGUCCACCUCUACCUAUCAGAGACGUCCAUAGAGAUUGGCAGUUCGAAAGGCAUGAUCUCAGACCGCAGCAUCAAAGAAUCAAGCUCCUCAGAGGACAAAGGCUUGAGCUGAGGUGACGACGACGACAACUACAACUGUGACUGAGGAUGUGGGGACAGACAGGGACUCAGAAACACUGAGGCCAACCAGGAAGCUCACUAGAGAGAUGGCCAGAGUGCACACGUGGAUUGCUUUCCAUGGUUCUGCCGAGUCGAAAUGAAAAAAGCGCUGCUACUGCUGCUGCUACUGCUGCUGCUACUGCUGCUGCUACUGCUGCUGCUACUGCUGCUGCUGCUGCUGCUGCUGUUGUGUCGAAAACAAGCACAUUGAUCAAGAAUGGGAGAAAAACUGAAAGUUCUGUUUCAAAGUUUUCAAAUAAGAACAGACAGAUUAGAGCAAUGAUGAUCAAGUCAUUGAAACAGGUCAACAUCAAAAGUAGUGUAACUUUACUUUUGCAAGAGCCCAGGAAUAUCCAUAUAAGGGGAGGAAAUGUUCGAUUUAACCUUCAGGGCUUCGGAAAAGAGAGGCAUUGUCAUCCAGAAGCUGACUUGGCUACUGUCCUGAAGGGACAGUGGGACAAUUUGUGCUCAAUAACUCUCUGUUGUCUUAGACAUGGAUCUUGUUAGGUGUGCGAAGUCAGUAGCAAUAUCAGCUGCAAAAUGCAACUGAAAGUAGUCAGAAUGAGGACGUUUUCUGUCAUAAUGAGUCAUAUAAAGACCUUUACAUUUUUGAGAGUGCCUAACUUUUGCAAACCCUUCUCAAAACGACUUAGCACAGUAUCAACGUGUAGAAUCUGUGGGAUCAUCUUUCAUAUAGUUUUACAAUUCAGUGUCAUUAAGAAUAAUGUAGGUCUUGCAUUUCAAUCAGUUAUGCACAGCCAUAAUACCUGCCAGUCUUAGAGCGCUUGUUAAAAGCAGUUUUAUCCUCCAGCUGAACACUGAGGGGCUUAUGUCACAUCAGAUUACUUGGAUAAAAAAGCAUAAAUGUGAUGUUGCUGUCAUUAAGUCUGAAGGCCAAAUACUUGACCACUUAGCGAGAAACCACAUGCACAAACCUGUCGUGAGUGUUGUGUUGGCGCACAGAGUCAGAUCUGAAAACCCUUUGAUUACAAAAUGUCCUUGAGAGCAUGUUUUCUCUCUGUGUGUCUGUGAAUGCAUCAUGUCUACUAACAGUUGAUUGUAACACCUGUUUUUAUUACGUUUUAUGACAGAAUUUUGUACUUGUGAUGUAAUACUGAGCAAUAUGUUUAUAGAUUAUUAUUUUUUUAUUUUUUAGAUAAUGCCAGAAGUAUUUUAUCACAUUGUUUAAAAAGUCACUGUAUGUGUUUGUUAUAGAGCUUUUAUAUAAUGAAAAAAGAUUUUCUAAUAAAAAUGCCUUUAAAUGUUUACCACAUUGGGUCACGUCAAAAUUUCACCACACAAAGGUAAUCUGGGCAGACACUAGCUGGCCAAUGAAAUAAUACAAACAAAUAAUCACACAUGACUUGAAAAUAUUUGAGAAAAUUCAUAUAUUAUGUAAGAAAGGAAUCUUGUAAUCCAUCAUUUAUUAUGCAUCAUUAUCUUUAAUGCACGGCCUCCAGCUGUGUGCUUAUGGUGUGCCUGUCUGCAUAGUUUUUCACUUGUUUACCUGUAAGCAUUACUGCAGUAAAUCAUUGUUUAAUUUG